UCGCCCGCCGCCCGCCCGCCGCCCCCACUCGCUGCGCCUGCCUCCGAGCCGGGCUAGGCAUGGACCCUUCGUCCGCCGCGGGGGACUUGGGAGCGGCGGUCAACGACCCGCAGCUGCAGCACUUCAUUGAGGUGGAGACGCAGAAGCAGCGCUUCCAGCAGCUUGUGCACCAGAUGACUGAGCUCUGCUGGGAGAAAUGUAUGGACAUGCCUGGCCCCAAGUUGGACAGCCGAGCUGAGGCUUGCUUUGUGAACUGCGUGGAGCGCUUCAUUGACACCAGCCAGUUUAUUCUCAACCGGUUGGAGCAGACACAGAAAUCCAAGUCGGCCUUCUCUGAAAACCUGUCUGACUGAGCUGGGGGCCAUGACAUCUGUUUUUUUCCUUUAGAGGAAAACGAUCUAUUGGAUGGGAGAGGAAGAGAUGGCAAAGAGAGCACAGAUAAAAGAACUACUAGCGAUCAAGGGCUGUGAGGGAGGCCCGCCUCCUCAUUUGUGAUGGCCUCUGGGGCUUACCAAGCCACCUUUGUCAGUUCUGGUUUCAAAGUCCCAUCUUGUGAACAUUAGCAGCCAGACCAGUUAGGCCAUGCAACACCACACACUUGCUGCUUAACAUGGGCUUGUGCGGCCCUGAGGUUUUCUUUUUUUUAUUUUGGUUGGGGGUGGGGGUGGAAAAAUUCUCGAUAAAGGCAGCUUCACACCGGAAUUGUGGCUUGAAUAGUUUGCUUUCCCAACACUGUGGUCAGAGAAGUGCUUCUACUGUGCUUGAGAAGUUCCUUCUCAAUCUUUCAACAUAAGGGAGUUGAGAGGUUCCAGACACUAUUGUGGAUCUUGGGAACGGCCGGGUGCAAAUGUGCCUUGAAAAAUGGUACUGCGCUGUAGCACUACUCGUAAAAGUGUUGCGGAUCACUGGCUGCCACUUGCUUGAACGUGCAACUGAUCUGACCUUUGUAAACCUCAACCGGGUGUCGCAGUUGCACAGAAAGGCAUGCUCAGCUCACAGAAGUGUGCCAGCAGAGAUCCAGGGUCUUCAAGAGGUGCUUAUUCAACCCCUCCUUAGCACAGCUAGGAAGAAAUACCCCCAGAUGGUUUGGGGCAGUUUGGAACAACCUCUGGUCAUGUAAAAGUUUCAUUUGCCAAGUGCAAAAGUCUAUUUUGACUUUCUCCAUUAAUUCUUUUCCUCCUGAUCAGUGAAAUAAACAUCAGACCAAUCCAUUUUAAACUGCCUGUUGAGUUGGUGGUGGUUUUUUCUGCUAGGAUUGCUAGUGGUAAUGCUCCUGGUAGUCAUUAUUGCAUUUUAAAGAGACACUUUUAAAGAGGAGUGACUCCUGUAUUUGUAGCAAGCAAUGCUUGUCCUCACAUUUUACCUGAACAGUUGUCUCUAAAUGUAGGAAGCAUAUUGGGGGUACUUCAUGUUCAGUAACUAACGGAUCACUCUUCUGUGCAUGAGUAACGUUUGGUUUCAAAGCAGGUGCCUGUGUAAGCUGUUCUGCCUGCUGUCCUAGAGGAGGUCCUUUGUCAUGCAGGUGACCAAGUGGGUUGUUGUGCAGGCAAUGGCCAAACCAUUUAACCAGGCUUCCCCAACCGGGUGCCUAGCAGAAGCAUUAGACUACAAUCCCCAGUACCAGGUUAGGGAAGCCUACAUUAAAUGAUAAUCCUUAGGCAAGAAAUUGGCUGGAAUGCUAGGAUAAGCACAAGCAGAUUUCUCAGUUCUUUGCUAUAAAUGGCUUCAGUAACCUAGAAAUAAUUAUUCAGAUACUGACAAAUUCUAGUGUGCUGGCUGUUUUAAUCUACAUAUGUAUUUUAAUCUACAUAUGAAUUGAUUCUGGUCAACCAAAGCUUAUGCCAUAAGACUUUCUCUUUUCCUGAAUCAAAAUCUCUCUUGACACCUUAAAGACUAACAAAUGUUAUGAAUACUUUUGUACCCUGAAUCUUCUGUAUAAAUGGGAAAGAUUGUGGUAUUAGUACACAACGUAAUUUUUUUAUGAGUGUUUUCUGAGUGUUAAGACAAGUGGUCAGUGCUUGUGGUUCUUUGCACAUACCAUUUGAUGAGUGGCUGUUUACUAAGACCCAGAAGAUGUCUUAUCGUCGGCUUUCCCUUUUGAAUCCUCUUGGUGUUGUAAUCCAGGUGAAGGUACAAAAGAAUGUAAACAGAAUGAUCUGGUGUAAAUCAGCCUUUUAAAUAAGCCCGUAAAAGUUACUCUGAGCCUGCUUUGGGGUGGCAGAAAAGAAUGCUUCCUUCCCUCUGCCAGCCCUUUUGGUGUCUUAAGUGCAGAAUAAAGCCUUCCAUCUUUC